AUGAAAUUACAUGAUGGCUCGUCGAUUUAUCAGAUUGUUAUUGUAACAGAUCUUGAUCAGAACAGUAAAAAGGAGAAUAAUUUAUGGUUAAGUUUCAUGAAACAUGGAACUCUUACGAUAAAUAGUGACUGGACAAAAGCAUCGAUUCAGUGGCACGAUGGCGACGAAGUGAUUCUGAAAUCGUCGUUAUCAGUCGGUGACCGGUCAAUGGAAUUAUCGGAUCUUGUGGUAUAUUUGAGUGAUGGAAGUGGAAAUGAGUCAAAACCUUUCAAAGGCGAGUGGCUUACCGUUAAAGAUAGCGAAUUAUGGGCUGGUGGACUUGGUAAGGAAUGGACUACUUCUGAAGGAAUUUUCGUCAGCUUUAACCCUAUGUGGGUUAAGAAAAUCAAUCCUAAUGGUUGUGUUCAACAUAUUAAUUGGGUCGAGCCAUACCAGAAAUUACGUUCUUCAGUUGGAAUCGAAUAUCCAGGUUAUAUGAUACAUGAAUCAGCUCAGUGGUCUGAUAUUCACCAGAAAUGGUUUUUUUUACCUCGAAGAGUCAGUCAGUUUAUAUAUAACGAAAUGGAGGAUGAAGAAAGAGGUUCGAAUUAUUUGCUAGUUGCAUCACAGGAUUUUUCACAAGUAGAUUAUCGUCAAAUUGGGAAUUUCACCGGUUCUCGUGGAUUUUCAGCUUUUCAGUUCGUUCCAGAAACAAAUGACCGACUUAUUAUUGCAUUGAAAUCGGAGGAGAAAGGUGGGAAGCCAGUUGCUAGUUAUGUUACGUUGUUCAAUAUUGAAUCGGAUAAUAUAUUACUAAAUGAGGAAAAACUCGAAGGAUCAUAUAAAUAUGAAGGAAUCGCCUUUGUUUAA